GGAGUGGAGGAAUACAAUUAGUUGGGCAAGUCGUAGUCCAUUGUUCCAUAUGAAAAAUUCUAUUUGUCAAGAAACGAAAAUAGAAACAAGUUUAGGUAUUACUACUCGUCAUGUUACUACAGUAGCAUUUAUUUCUGCAUCAAGUUGUUUACAAAAGCACCAUAUCGAACAUAGGUUUCGUGAUUUCGUACGUUUCGGUUCAUCACACUGUCGGGUAUUUGGUAGAUGUAGAAAAACACGAUGCUUUUGGGUGAAGUGUAGCUGGGUUGAAUUCUCCGAAAGGGAUGAAAUGGAAGGAACUCACUUUGUUCACAAAUGGCUUUGUUUGGGAAAUGUUGAAAACGUUGCACGAGAACAUCUUCGUUUGGUUGGUACUGCACAGUCUACUUCUUCAGGAGAAGUGGAAGAAAAGAAACAGUCUCAGUUUAGUCAAACCACUAAGAUUUCCUUCGAUACCGUUUUACAAGAAUUGAGUUCGAUCCAAAAGGACGGUCCUUCCAAUAUAGCUAUUUUGGGAACCAGACACUGUUCUUUAUUACAUCAGCAGAUUGUAGAGCUGUUAACCUAUGCCAAUGUUCUUAUAGGUAAUCAUAUCUAUACUUCAGGUGGUGGAGGUACCAAUUCAGCAGCCAUUCGAGGUGCUUUGAGAGCAGAGAAGCCUCAUUUGUUGACAGUCAUUUUGCCUCAGAGUCGAAGUAAACAACCUAAAGAGGCACAAGAGUUGCUGAAACAUGUUACUCAAGUGAUUGAGAUGCCACAUAACGAUAAUCUUCCUUUAGAUGUAUCUUCAAGAUUGUGCAAUUCGAGUAUCAUUAGUAAAUGUCAGCAGUUGAUAUCUUUUGUGUUUCAUGAUAGCGAUGUUUUGUUGGAAGCAGUAAAAGAAACGAAAUCAUUGAAAAAGUUGGUUACUUUGUUAUAUUUGGAUUAAAAGGGGGAAAAAUUUCUAUUGGCCUCACAAAUGGUCACAUCCAUAUUAUCAUUGUUUUCGGGAUCGUUACGCACCACAACUAUCAGACGAUUAUGGAUAUGGAAACGCCUCAUAUGGAUUCCUUGUAGUUCAAACUUGGAUUCAUUAUAUACUAGUCACAAACUAUCAACAACGAGAACACAUAUUGUUACUGGACUUUCUCGAGAAAAAGGUUGCUUCAAGACACGACCAACAUACUACCAGAUAGUGCACGGUCUUGGACACUUUUCUACCAACCAGAAAAAACACACCGG